AUGGUGCAAUUGACCUCCGCUCUUACAAUUGGUCUGGUCGGUUUGACUGGCCUUGUCUCUGCUCACCCAGGCCACAAUGUCAAAGCCGAGGCUGCCGAGCGUGCUGCUUUCUUGAAGAGCUCCAGCAUUCAGACCCGUAGUCUCUCUCAGUGCGCCUCGAAGCUCAAGGCCCGUGGCCUUGACAGCAAGAAUGUUGCUCGUCGUGAGCACGCUGUUAAGCACAUCCGUCGCCGUCGUGGCCUGAAGAACGGGGCCCGCUUCCUCAAGGCUCGCGAUCUCGACUCUGAUCUGAGCACCUCACACCACUCCAAUUUGACCAAUGUCGACAUGUCAACUGAUCCCAGCAUUCUGUUCGGAUCUGAGUCUACAUGCAUUUUGGGACCGGAUGUUACCCAGGGUCCUUACUAUGUGACUGGUGAGAUGAUCCGUGAGAACCUUGUCGAGGACCAGAGCGGUGUCCCCCUUUACAUGGACAUCCAGGUGCUCGAUACAAACACCUGUGAGCCAUUACCCAACAUCUACAUGGAUCUUUGGCACUGCAAUGCUACUGGUGUCUACUCUGGCAUCCAGGCCAGCGGAAACGGCGAUGAAUCGGAUGCAGACAACCUAGACGCAACCUUCCUGCGUGGUAUCCAGCCUAGCAACAGCGACGGUGUUGUGCAGUUUGAGUCCAUCUUCCCGGGCCACUACACCAGUCGUGCCACGCACAUUCACGUCCUCACCCACUCAUCCAACGACACCGUCCUCGCAAACGAUACCCUCUCCGGCCUAUACACCGCGCACUCCUCGCACGUGGGCCAGCUCUUCUUCGACCAAGACCUCAUCACCGAGGUUGAGGCCACCUCCCCUUACUCGACCAACACCCAAGACCUGACCACCAACGCCAACGACAGCAUUCUCUCCGAGGAGGCCGACACCAUCGAUCCAUUCAUGGAGUACGUCCUUCUUGGCGAUGAUAUCUCCGAUGGUGUCUUUGCUUGGAUCACUGUAGGCAUUGAUUCUACUGAGAGCACUGAUAUCACCCCUGCUGCGUACUAUACCGAGGAGGGCGGUUCCGAGAACGAUAGCUCUUCCGGUGGCGGUGGUGGCGGUGGCUCCGCGCCCGGCUCUUCUUCUUCUACUACUUCUGCUCGGGGUAGCAGCAAGACUCACAGUGCCUAG